CCGGGAUGGAGGCGAUGACCUUCCCCCGCUACAGCCCCGAAGACAUCAUCAACUACCUCCGCAGCCACGUCCUGACGGGCGCCGAGGCCCGGAACCUGGUCAAGGGCGACGUGUUCGGCAACCCCAAGCCUGAAGUUUUACACAUGAUUUAUAUGAGAAUCCUGCAGAAGGUAUAUGGAAUCCGCCUGGAGCAUUUCUACAUGAUGCCAGUCAACGUUGACAUAAUGUAUCCGCAGAUAUUUGAAGGCUUUCUACCUGUUUGUAAUUUGUACAUUCACAUGGAACGCUUACUUCCAGUGUGUCGGAUUAAUGAUUUUCAAAUUGCUGAUGUUUUAAAUCCAAAAACAAAGAGGACAGCUCGCUUCUUGAGUGGCAUUCUCAACUUUGUAAAUUUCAGAGAAUUCCGACGUGAGGUCUACUUGGAGCUACAACUGAACUAUAAAUUGGCUAUGGAGAAACACCAACAACUGGAGACCGCAAAUCGGGAGGCAGCAAUGAAGCUGGAGAAACUGAACACCGUUCCAGUUGAACAUCAAGCAGAGGUCAAGCAACUGACAGAUAACAUUCGAGAACUGGAGCAACUACUAAGGCAAGACUAUCGUCGGAAACAAACAGCUUUGCAAGAAGUGAUUUCGCAAAAGAAGUCAGAUAUUGCAGAGAGUACCCGAAAACUGAAUGAGCUUAAAGUGACAAUGGCUACUUUGAAAGAAGAACAAGAGCAGCUGAAAUCAAAAAUUGUGGAGAGUCCAGAAGAACUGAAAAAUUACAAAGAACUGAUGAAAGAGACUGUUAAGAAACUCAAGAAAUCCAAGCAAGAAGUUAUUGAGAAAUAUGAAGGUUAUAGAGACCUAGUUGAGGUUCUGCCAUCAUGCCAAUUGGAGGUGCAGUUAUAUCAAAAGAAGAUGGAAAGACAGGGAGCAAAUGUGGAGAGACUGGCCAGUGUAUUAUCAGAGGUCAGAAAUCUGGAGGACCAGCUUGAGAGUGCUCAGAUAGAGCUGAAAAAGGGAAAGACAGAUGAAAUGUCCUUAAAGAGACUGGUCACUGCAAAGCAUGAGAAGCUGUCUACAGCUGAAAUAAGGAUAAAAAAGAAACGUGAAGAUGUUGAGCAAUAUAAGCACACUGUAUUUGAAUAUUGUAACAAAGUUCAGGAGAAGAGGGGUGCUGUAUAUGAUAAAGUGACGGCCAUUCACAAAGAAAUCCAACAGACGAGGUUCAAAAUUCAGCAGCUGAAUGAGAAUGCUGAAAAAGAAGAAAUGAAAGCCAAGGAAAUAUACCUAAAUCUGAAGGCUGGGUUGGAGAAGCGUCAUGACUCUCUCAUUAAGACAGCAAAGAGUUAUGCAGCCUUAAGAGAAGAUAAAAUAGCUGAACUGAAGAAGGGGCUGCUUAGAGUUCAGACUCCUGGAAGUAGUUCUUAGACCUGUCUUCACUUGUAUUCCACUUCCAUUAUGUGUAUCCUCAUAUCUGAACUCAAGAGCUUGUGCUUUGUAUGGGAUGGAUAAUUCCAGGCAAAAGCCAGCUUUCGCAAAAACCAUGUCAAACGCGUUUAGUGCUCUCAGCAGAUCCUGGUGUUGUGAGGUCAUGACAAUGCGGAUAAGAAAACACCCAUUUUAGCCUGUUUAUAUUGUUUCAGUCAGUAUCUGAUUUUAGUGGUAAUAAUGCAAGUCUUGCUAACACCAAAUUGCUUGACAUUUAGACAGAAUCCUGCUUUUUGUAGAAACUGCUCUGCAAAGUUUGAUCUGGGAAGACCUAGCGCUUUGGUCUGGCCUGAAUGGACACUGUUCAAGAUAAGUCAGUAAUAGGUGAUAUUCCACUACCAUUAUUCAAUUAAGAUUAAAUGCUGAUGGAGCAGUAGCAUCCAUGUAAAUGCCAACUUAUUCUCAUCACGAAUACUGGUGACUGGAAACACUCAAGAGUAUCAUUUAGUUAAUAGCACAGUACCUCUAGAUGCUUGAACUCAUUGUUUCUGCUCUGUGGGGUAUUGAACCCUCAUCUGUGUUUAUUGGAAAGUCUAUGUUUGGGUGUUUAGUCCUAUAAAAAUUACAUAGAUGAGUAUUUUUAUACCUUAACUUGUGGUGGCUCUCAGUUUGCUACAGUGUUUUUAAUUAUUUCCAGAAAUAAAAUGUUAAUUUUUAAAAUAGUUGAUAUAAGGAUAUUUAACCCUAUUCCUCUUCUGUCUUUUUCCCUCCCUUCUCUCCCAACUGACUUGGCAUAACAUUCCAGUUUAAAAACUUUGGUUUGUACAUGUGUAGGAAUGUGUACUACUGAAAGUUUUUAUAAUGAAGCCUGUAUAGAUAAUACCUUGUUUUGUUUAAUUCUUCAGCUUCUCUUGCUAGGGCCUCUAGCUAGUAAGUCAGUUAGGAACAGCAGGCAGUCAUUGCUUCUAAAGCGCUUACAGAGGCAUCAGACCCUUCUAAUGUUUUGCUUGAGGUUUUUUCCUACAUUAUAGCAUGUGAGAUAUUUCAGUGAAAGUGUGUGUUAAUCUGCAAAUCUUAACCUACUACAAAGCUUCUUGUACAGUUUUCCCGUUUCCACCAAAUAUAGUCUGUGUGAUAGGUGUGUGUAUCACUACUUCAUGUUUUUGAGUGUACUCUUCAUCCCAAGAUGAUGUGCAGCAGCAUCUGGUCUAGAGACUAGUGAAAAUCUAACUGCUACUGACUUUGUCCAAGAGCUAAAGAUGUUAAAUACAUGCAAAGCACAGAAAAAUUCUUUAUAGAUUUCAUGCACUAGGCCACACAUGGAAUAAUCAGUGAUGUUUUGGAUAUUGUGCUUUGAAAGCGAGUUUUUAAUGAAUCUCUCCUUUUGCGCUGUGUGUUAAAGCAUUAUGUUCUUCAUGUGCAGGUGUGCUCCACUCCCUUUGCCAUACCAUGGGUUCUAGUGUGACACAGAUACUAUCUACAGGAAGAUGCUGCUUCUCAUUGGUGGUACUUGCUAAUGAACUUGAUGUCUGUUCAAAACUGUGUGAUAAUUUUUAGGUUUUUCCAGACUUGCAAUACUAUGAAAUCCUUGAAAAACAGAUGGCGAGGCUUGUGUAGAGUUUUUCAGCAGAUGAUUUUGAUGGGAUAAACUUACUGUCCUUCAGGAAACUGCAUAUAAAGAUCAAGAUUCUUAGGCUAUAGAGAGAUCGUGCUUGUGUAGCUCAGUGAUUAGGAAUUUGCAAGACAAAUAAAAUGCUAGAUUCUGUUCCUGCUCUUGCGUUUUGCAACACCAGCUGUUGGGUAAAAUAAAAGGCUGCAAUUCAUGAAGAAACAAAACUUCUGAUUUCCAGAGACAGGUUUAUGUGUUUCCAAUAGGCUCUU